CCUCACUGAGCAUGUGCGAACGGCGCCGCGCAUGCUCCUUCGAAGUCCGGCUCGGUGUCUGUUGCGGGGCCCGCGGUGUCCCCUAGCGCAACCGGAACUAGCCGUCGUGGGUCUGGCCUCCUUCGUCUCCCGCGGCCUCGUCGUGGUCUCCGAGCCUCCCCGCCCCUCCUCCUCCUCGUCUCCCUCUCGGCUCGGUGUCCGUUCCGCGAAGCCGCCGUCAUGAGCGCGAGGCUGCCGGCGGCGUCGCCACCUCGGGGGCCGCGGCUGUUGCUGCUGGCGCUGCUGCUGCUGCUGCUGGGGGCGGCCCCGGGCCCGCGCCCCGGCCGCGCCUUCUACCUGCCGGGCCUGGCGCCCGUCAACUUCUGUGAAGAGGAAAAGAAGACCGGCGAGUGCAAGGCUGAAAUAGAGUUAUUUGUGAACAGGCUUGAUUCGGUGGAAUCUGUUCUCCCUUAUGAAUAUACAGCGUUUGAUUUUUGCCAAGCUUCAGAAGGAAAACGCCCAUCUGAAAAUCUUGGUCAGGUAUUAUUUGGGGAAAGAAUUGAACCCUCACCAUACAAGUUUAUGUUUAACAAGGUGGAAACCUGUAAGCUUGUUUGUACGAAAACAUACCAUACAGAGAAAGCUGAAGACAAACAAAAGUUAGAUUUCUUGAAAAAGAGCAUGUUACUGAAUUAUCAACAUCACUGGAUUGUGGAUAAUAUGCCUGUGACCUGGUGUUAUGAUGUUGAAGAUGGUCAGAGGUUUUGCAAUCCUGGAUUUCCCAUUGGCUGUUACAUUACAGAUAAAGGUCAUGCAAAAGAUGCCUGUGUUAUUAACUCAGAAUUCCAUGAAAGAGAUACCUUUUACAUCUUCAACCAUGUUGACAUCAAAAUAUACUAUCAUGUAGUUGAAACUGGGUCCAUGGGAGCAAGAUUAGUAGCUGCUAAACUUGAACCAAAAAGCUUCAAACAUACUCACAUAGAUAAACCAGACUGCUCUGGACCCCCCAUGGACAUAAGUAACAAAGCUUCUGGGGAGAUCAAAAUUGCCUACACUUACUCUAUUAGUUUUGAGGAAGAUAAAAAUAUCAGAUGGGCAUCUAGAUGGGACUAUAUUCUGGAGUCUAUGCCUCAUACUCACAUUCAGUGGUUUAGCAUAAUGAAUUCCCUGGUCAUUGUUCUCUUCUUAUCUGGAAUGGUAGCUAUGAUUAUGCUACGAACAUUGCAUAAAGAUAUUGCCAGAUAUAAUCAGAUGGAUUCCACGGAAGAUGCCCAGGAAGAAUUUGGCUGGAAACUGGUUCAUGGUGAUAUAUUCCGUCCUCCAAGAAAAGGGAUGCUGCUGUCAGUCUUUCUAGGAUCUGGGACACAGAUUUUAAUUAUGACUUUUGUGACCCUUUUUUUUGCUUGUCUGGGAUUUUUGUCUCCUGCCAACCGAGGAGCUCUGAUGACAUGUGCUGUGGUCUUGUGGGUACUGCUGGGCACACCUGCAGGCUAUGUUGCUGCCAGAUUCUAUAAAUCUUUUGGAGGUGAAAAGUGGAAAACAAACGUUUUGUUGACAUCAUUUCUUUGUCCUGGGGCCAUUGAACAUCCAGUUCGAACCAAUCAGAUUCCACGUCAGAUUCCUGAGCAGUCAUUUUACACAAAGCCCUUGCCUGGUAUUAUCAUGGGAGGGAUUUUGCCCUUUGGUUGCAUCUUCAUACAGCUUUUCUUCAUUCUGAACAGUAUUUGGUCACACCAGAUGUAUUAUAUGUUUGGUUUCCUGUUCCUGGUAUUUAUCAUUUUGGUCAUUACAUGUUCUGAAGCAACUAUACUUCUUUGCUAUUUCCACUUAUGUGCAGAGGAUUAUCAUUGGCAGUGGCGCUCAUUCCUUACCAGUGGCUUUACUGCAGUUUAUUUCUUAAUAUAUGCAAUACACUACUUCUUUUCAAAACUGCAAAUUACAGGAACAGCAAGUACAAUUCUGUAUUUUGGUUAUACCAUGAUAAUGGUCUUGAUCUUCUUUCUUUUUACAGGAACAAUUGGCUUCUUUGCAUGCUUUUGGUUUGUUACCAAAAUCUACAGUGUGGUGAAGGUUGACUGAAGAAGCCCAGUGUGUCCAGUUAAAAGAGAAAUAAAUUAAUUUCUUCAUCAACCAAGAGCUGUUUUUGUGACUCCCUUAAGUUUUAUCAGACUUAUUGGCCUAGUAAUCCUUCAGAAACAACAUACUUCUCAGUACACCUCUUCCCACGAAAUGUGGUUUUGACACUAAGGCAUUUGUAUUGUGAUUUGAUUAAGUAUAUAUUUAGUUGUUCUCAGUGAAGAGCAAAUUUAAAUAUUAUGUGCAUUUGUAAAUACAAUAGGUAUAGAGUUUUCAAUACUCUAAUGGCAGAAUAGAGGAGGCCAUAAUACUGAUGAAAUCCAUAACAGUUAAUUGUAAAUAGGAUUUUCUAGGCUCGGUAGGUGGAAAGAAUUAUUUUUCUUUGAAGGAAAUAACUUUUUAUCAUGGUAAUUUUGAAGGAUGAUUCCUAUGAUGUAUUCAUGGGGGGGGGAGUAUAGCUUUUAAAAAUCUUGUAUUGGUUGUAACUGUCCAUAUCUUAUUACUUUUCUGUGUUGACUUCAUUAUUCCCAUGGUAUUGGCCUUUAAACUAUGUGCCUCUGAGUCUUUCAAUUUAUAAAUUUGUUAUCUUAAUAAAUAUUGUAAAAACAUCUUCAUUGCA